UGCUUUGUGCCUGAAUGACCCACAACGGCCUGCACAGGAGACUUUUCCUACUAAUCCAUCUAUAAAUCCUCCAUCCCCCGUCCAUUCUCGCCUGAUCGGCACAAUACGCUUUCAACUAUCCAAGCUGGGUCUUGUCCACGCUCUCUUUGCUAUACAGCAACCACUCUCUAUCCGAGAUUCACACUCCCUUUCGCUCUAGCAGCACAGACGUCCAGCUCACAGCCAACUACACUCCUUAUUACUACCAUAUACCCCUUUCAACCAAACAUUGACCCUACUUGGCCAUAUACCCUAGUCGAUUCGACACAAUGCAGCUCAUCACCAUCGCCUCCGCUGCCAUGGCGGCCCUACCUAUCGUCAACGCUGCUACCGCUUCCAUUUACAACAAAUGCGACUUUGAUUUCAACAUCUGGUCCGUUUCUGCCGACGGCUCUUCCGAUGCCAUCACCAUCAAGGCAGGUGACAAGUACACGGAGCCGUACAGGAAGCCCUCUCAGGGCGGUGUCUCGCUCAAGAUGAUGAACAACACCGGCUCAGCUGGUCCUGUUGGCCCAGUUUCUCAAUUUGAAUACACUCUGGAGGGCUUUAUCUGGUAUGACAUGUCCAAUGUCGACUGCUCCGGCCAUGCUUGCCCCUUCGCACAGCACGGCUGGUACUUGGACAGCACUGAUCACAAUUGCCCUACUCGCAACUGUCUCGAGAAUGUUGAAAAAUGCAUUGGAGCGUACACUUACUGGAACAACGACAUCAACACCCUCUCCUGCGACUCCAACAACGACAUCCAAAUCUACAUGUGCAUUACCAGCAAGCCCGACAGCAACGAUAACUACACACCAGCUCCCUCUUCCUCAUCUCCAGAGGCACCAGCUUCUGAGCCCACUCAAGUUCAGGUUCAACAAGCCCAGGUAGAGGCUCCAGCUGCUCCCGUUGUUACCCCCUCGCCCGUAGAAGCGCCUCCACAUGUAGUUACCGAGAUCGUCUACGUGACCCAAGUCAGCUACGAGAUGGUUGCGCCAAACAAACGACACGUUCACCACGCACGCCACCCACACGCACGGCCAUUAAUGUAAAGGGGAGGACUAUACAGUCCAUCAUGACGCGUCGACUAAACUUUCUUCCUUCGCGGUCGGCGCGGGGCCACGAAAAACGAGCAUCAAUUUCUUCGAAUCUUCUUGUCAUACCCCCUUUACUUCAUUUGUGUAAUAUUUUUGGCGUCUUCGCCUGUGUACCUAGGGACAUGCAAGCAUGAACAGCGCGCGGUGUUAACGGAGGACUCUGAUAUGAUAGAGAAAUCACGCAAUUCUUCUCAGGAACGCUACUACAGCUUACAGGAGUAUGUU